UAAAUUUCUGGGCGAGAUCACGUUUCGAGUGCAACAAUAUUUUUGCUUAUAUAAAGAAGUGUGCUUGGCCAUUUAAUAUGUUAAUUCUGCCAACUGUGCCAAAACCCAUACAUCAUAGCCAUGAACAAGUUUGCUACUUUCGCAGUCAUCUUCUGCGCCUGCAUCGUUGGCAGCUGUUAUGCCAACUACGGUGGCCAGCAGAGCUACGUACCCCGAAGCUCCUAUGGUCAGGAUAGCCCCGCUGUGUCGGUUGCUAGUUCGGUCUCUGCUGCCGGAAGCCAGGGUCAGCAGAGGGGCUAUGAGCGCCCCGUGGAGAUUAUUGCCGGACCCCGUGCCAGCUAUGCCCCCGAGAUCCUGCGUCCCGUCCAGAUAAGCGGAGGAUAUGGUGGAGAGCGUCGUGCAUACGGCAAUGGUGGAAACUACCGUCGCGCUGGCUAUGGACCCCGCUGGACCGUCCAGCCCGCCGGAGCCACGCUCCUCUAUCCCGGCCAGAACAACUACAAGGCCUACGUUUCGCCCCCGGAGUACAGCAAGGUGAUCCUGCCCAUCCGUCCCGCCGCUCCCGUGGCCAAGCUCUUCAUCCCCGAGAACCAGUAUGGCAACCAGUACGGCAGCCAGUACGCUGCACCUGCACCCCGCAGCAGCGGCUACUAGGCGCAUACUUGAUCUUGAGCCUGCCAACCGGGCGGAUACUUGAUCUCAGCCUGAUCAGUGUACAUAAUAAACCAGAGGAAAGAAAAUCAUAA